GAAUGAGCUUCUGGCUUUUUAAAAAUGUAUUUUAAAAUAUUGUAGGUGUUGCCGUUGUUUUCAAAAUAUUUUUUUUUGUGUUUAAAGUCAGAUUAUGAGAAAAUUGCAGUUAUCUCUUAAACGAUGGAAGAUUGUCCCUUACUCCCUUAUAUUUUUUGUCCUUAAAUAACCUAGAGAAUCUUUUGCUAUCAUUUGUUUUAUGAAAUUUAAGCAAAAAAAAAAAUGGUUUUGUUAAAAAAAAUUUAAUUGUAAUUUUAAAAAACAAUACGGCAACAUCGGCAAUUUUUAAUCUAUAGACUUUAAAGCAUUUUUAAUUACCUACGUUUGAAAAAAAAUCGUCAAAAUCAGAGCUGCUCGGCCGGUCUUAAGCCGCUUCACCUUUUGAACAAAUAUUUUCUUGUAUCCCUUUCAUGCCACUUAUAUUUACGACGAAACAUGUAUUUCCUUUUAAGGUUCCUGGGAGGAAGCAGUUCAGAAGGAAAAGGAUGCCGAGUAUUUGUCUUCUUCUGAAGAAAAUACGGAAGAAGAGACCAUCGACACCAAUUCUUCGGAAUACAUGACAGAUCUGAACAAAUUGAUGUCAACUUUGAUUCCUAAUUCUGACGUUUCCCCGUUCACCCCCCCAAAUAAAGAUGUUACCAUCACUAAUGUCAUUUCCGAGUUAUACACGCAUGAAGGCCCCAGCACCAGUACCCAAUUCAAGGAACUGUCGUCCAAAAUAGACGAAAUUUUGGAAAGACAGCGUUCCACUGAGGUGAAGGUGCAGGCCAUGCAAGGAAUGCUGGAGGCAUUCAUGGCGAAGUCCGAAGUUUCGGUCAAUUUGUUGGCGUCCAAAAUUGGAAAAGACAAUGCAGAGGAAGUGGAUGAGGAACUGCAACUUGAUGAAAUUUUCCCACUUACCUCUGUCCAACAAAUUGAGGAAAUGGAGGAAAAACUCCAUCAAAAUGGAUUGUUAAAAAAAAAAUUGGUCCGUAAGUUGAGCUCAUAUGGGGGGGUCAACGGAACGAAAACGAUCCGCACUAUAUGCAAGUGCAUUUUUACAGAUGCACUACUGGCGGAACAUUCUUGGCUGGGCACAAACGCCAAAAAAAGCUUCAGCCAAUACAAGUUUUUAUAUAAAACUAUAAUGGAAGCGGUCCGAACAAGGUUCCCCACUGAAGCCGAGGGUGCUUCAUUUUUCAAAGCUUUUUUAAAGCAAGCCCCAUUUCGAAUGGGAAAACCGUCCACUUCCAACACCAGCUCCUCUGCCUCUGACGGGCAAUCCACGACAUAG